AUGGCACAGGGCUCUGACAGCACAGACACGAGUUACACAAAGUCCCCGUCGCCGGGCAACAAACAGGGCUCUUCAGACGAUGUAAGGAAAGUCAUGAGGAGAGAGAAAAAUCGCAUUGCCGCACAGAAGAGUCGUAUGAGACAAACGCAGAAAGCUGACAGUCUGCAUCUGGAGAGUGAGUGUUUGGAAAAAGAGAACGCAGCACUGCGAAAAGAGGUGAAGAGACUGACAGAGGAGGCCAAGUAUCUCUCCACAGUCCUCAGCAACCAUGAGCCACUGUGCACUGGGCUCAGCUCCGCCCCCUCUGACCUGCUCUACCCCGCCCACCACAGCAGUUACCACCAACACCUCACUGUGCCGCACUACCAGCUCUGA